AGUAUCGACUUCCAUAUCAGUUAUAGAUCAAAAUACAAAUUUGUAAAAGAUUGGUCAAAAAUUAAAAUGGAACCUCCCCCAAUACCCUCCAAAUUCGCUCCUGAACAAACAGGAAUGAAUUUUACAACAAUGCCAAUACCACCAACCCAAACUCAAAGCUUUCCACAAACUAGUUCUGCAAGUAAUAAUUCAAAUCUGCAACCAUUGACUAAUCUAGAAACAAGCAUUCCUCCAAUACCAUCUCUCAACAACCCACAACAUCCUUUCUAUCAACAAAACCCUCACUUUCCACCAUCUUUACAACAAAAUCCCGUUACCACCAAUUCACCAGAUCCCAAUUCUAGGGAUUCUAUUAUUUCUAAUGCGAGCACUUCGCAAUUUUAUAAUGUAGCUCAAAAUCAACAACAAGUCCCUCCAAUAUUAUCAAGCCAACCGCAGCAACAGUCUGAUUUUCAAUUUAACGCGCAAAAAAAAUAUCAAUCUAUGUCACAGUCAAUGAAAGAUGGUAGGCAAACUUUGAAUGGAGAUUGUAGCGCACAAAAACCUCGUAUAUCUAUGCCACAGCAACCAGUGAAAAAGGAUGAGCGAAUUGCAAAUAAUAGUUAUAGCACACAAAAACCUUAUGUAUCUAUGCCGCAACCGCCACCGAAAAGGAUUCCAUAUCAGGAUAAUAGUUAUGCAUCUAUGCCACAGCCGCCAAUUAAAAGGGAUGGUUCAUCUUCAUAUCGAGAAUCUUUAGUUAGUAGUCAUUUAAAAUUUCUUAUGAAUCCAACUUUGUUGUCACAUAUAGCUUUAGAAUUUAGAUCAACGGUAAAAUUUGGAAAUCACAUUAAAGGCGCAUUAGAAUAUCCAAACAGUUUUACUGGAGCAGAUGUAGUGAAAACAAUACAAUCAACCUUACCUCCUGAAGCACCCAAGCAUGUUGCAUUACAUAUUGCACGCUCAUUGGAAGCUCAACUUUACUUUAAUCCAAUUAAUUGGUCAAGUGAUGGCCCAUUAAAAGAUUCAAAUGACGAAGUUUAUGUAUUCUUUAAUCAAGAUCUCACUUCGCUCAACAUUUCAGAAUUAGACGAAGAUUUUCCUACAGGAGUUUUUCCCACUGUUGGAAAAUGUUAUAGUCCUUGUUGUGGACUAUAUGGUAAAGGAUGUUAUUCAAUACUCUGUCCUAAUUAUGUUCCAGUGGAAGGGACACCUGCAGAUCUUCCUCUUAUCAGGAAAACUAGCCUUGAAAGUAUCGAGUCACCAAAAUUGUCAGCUCCAACAUUAGAUAAAGAACAAGAUCGUACAUGGUCUGGUGCAGUUCCAAAAGAAAUACUUGAAAGUGUUUCCAAAGAAGAAUUGAAACGUCAAGAAAUCAUUUACGAAACAAUUUAUACAGAAAAUGAUUAUAUAAAAGAUUUAUAUCUUAUAGAAGAGGUUUACAUAAAAGGGAUUCGUAAUUCCCCAGAAAUAAUGACUCAACAAACAAAGAUUGAAAAGUUUAUAGAUGAUGUAUUUUAUAAUAUUUUUGAGAUCAGAGCACAAAAUGAAAUUUUGCUGGAAAAGUUAAAGGCAAGACAAAAAGAAAACUAUGUUGUCAAUGAAAUCGGUGAUUUAUUUUUAGAAUGGGCAUUUGAUGCUGGUAAUAAAUACGUUAGAUAUAAUGGUCGAAUCCCUAUUGUUGAUAGUCUAAUAAAAACUGAAAAAGCAAGAAAUCCAAAGUUUAAACAGUUUAUGGAGGAAUGUAUGAGAAGUCCGAAAACCAGAAAAUUAGAUUUUCGUCAUUAUAUUCAAAGACCAACUGGCCGUCUACAAAGAUAUACAUUAUUUCUUGAACAAAUCAUUAAACAUACAUCUAAUAAUAGUCAAGACAAAGAUUUGCUUGAUACUGCAUUGCAAGUAAUAAAAGAAUUGUGUAGAGAAAGUGACAGUAAUGUUUCUAACACUGAAAGAAAAUUAAAACUUGAAGAAAUUGGUAGAAAAUUGAGGAAAAAGAAUGUAUUUAAAGGUGAAUUGCAUUCCAAAAUGGAUAACUCCCUCAAAUGGACUACACUUUAUGUAUUUGUAUUUGAUCAUUAUUUGGUCAUUACUAAACCUAAGAAAGUUUCAGAUGGUGAAAUUGAAUAUAUUUUGUACAAACCGAUUAUUCCUUUAGAUAAACUUUUAUUGGAGAAUGUUUCUGAGAUAAAUCAACAAAAAUUAAAAUUAACAGGUUUGGAAAAUUAUGGUAAACAAUCAUAUUGUUCAUUCACCUUAUCACAUAUUGGUAAAAACGGAGGAACCUAUCAACUAUAUGCUGAAACAAUCAAUAGCUGGAGAUUAUGGAAAGAUAAAAUUAUUGAGGCGCAAAAUAAAUUGGAUUUGAUGAGAUCUAAGAAACAAGUAUUUGAGUUAUUCACAUUGAAUGAUGCCACUUUCACAAAUAUUUCUGUUGGUGCUCCUGCUAAUAUUGCUAAUUUACAAGAGGAAAAAACAAAACAUUUCUCAAGAGGAAAAGUUAAUUGUUCCAUACCAUUUUCUGCACCAGAAAACUGUAAGAUGAUCGCAGUAGGGACUGAGGAAGGUGUUUGGAUAGGAUUCGGCGGCGAGACAAAAACAUUUAGAAAGGUUUUGAAUGUUGGCAAUGUGUCACAAAUAGCAGUGAUCGAAGAAUUUGGAAUAUUUAUUGUACUAGUAGAAAAGUCGCUUUGGGCAUAUCCAUUAGAAGCAUUAAUACCAUCAUCUUUAACUGCCGAUUUUAGUCAAUGUGCAACACGACAACGUAUAAGUGAUAGUAAUAAUGUAUCGUACUUUAAAGUUGGAACUACGAAAGACAAGAAUACAGGCGUUGAGAAAACAUUGCUAGUAUAUAUGAAGAAAAAGAAUUUAAAUUAUAAUUUUAGUGUUUUAGAACCAGCUAUCAAUUUAAAUGAGGUUGAUGGAGAAGAACCAAAACAGAAUAGUCGUGGAUCUCGUGGCGUUUUUCGUUUUCUUCACUCAGAUAAAAAUUGGUUUAAAAAAUUUUAUGUUGCUUCUGAAUCAUAUUCAAUAAGUUUUUUAAGGUCAACACUUUGUAUUGUAUGUGCACGAGGAUUUGAAGUGGUGAACUUGGAUGAAUUGACAAAUAUUCCAUCAAUACCAAAUCUUUCAUCGCCUCAAUUUUCUGAUAUCUCAAAAAAAUGUAACAAACCUUUGGGAAUGUUUAGAAUAAAAGAUAAUGAGUUUUUGAUAUGUUACGAUGAAAUAUUUUUCUUUGUUGAUAAGCAUGGUGAUUUCUCAAGAUUAAAUAUCAUGGAAUGGGAGGGUAAACCUGAGGCAGCAAAAAUAUGA